GGGACGACUGGUGGUAGCUGGACGGAAAGGAGGACGCUAGGCGAGCGGUGUAGCAAAGACGCGGAAUGCCAGUGGAGGAUCGAGGGUAGUCACUGCGACCGCGGCCACUGCCGCUGUCUGCCAUACUUUGCCGCCUACAAUCGUACCCACUGCCUCGAGGCGACUCUGUUGGGCGAGCAGUGCCUGGUCGACGAGCAAUGCACCCUGAAAGUAGCCAACAGCGGCUGCUUGCACGGCCUGUGCGGAUGCACGCACGGUUUCCUGCAGUUUCGUCGGCACACGUGCCUGGCUGAAAAGCAAAGUACAUCUCUGUUGACUCAACUACUUGACUUGCACUAUAAUUUCUUGACCAACUGUUCUGAUUUAUCAGAACUGGGUGGUGGAAAGAAAACGGCGAAACUCGGCCAGAUCUGCUACGAGCACGCCCACUGUCGACUGUGGCAGCGGAAUUCUCACUGCGAUUUCCUGAUUCCAAACUUGUUCGGACGUUGCCAAUGCACGGCGCCUAUGCGCCGCGUGAACGACGUUUGCCGACCCGACGAUCUCGUCAGACCUCCACCGCUGUCUCACGGGAACGGGGACUUGUCCAAGGAAACGACGAUAAACGCGGCUACCUUGUCGUCUCGUCACGACGAGCAAACCGGCGGCGGCGGCGGCGGCGGCGGCGGCGGCCAACCGGCAGCAAACGAGGAACAAAAGCAUCAGCAGCAAAAUCAGGAGGAAACAGGCGUUGCGAUCGAGUGGCUGAAAAAUGAUAGCGCGCAGUCGACGAUCUCGUCGUUCUCCCUAAACUCGAUCAACAGCGAGUCGUCGAAUUCGCUCGGCACGCAAAACGACAGGUUCCUGCCAACGAUGGACCACGACGACGACACAGACGACGCGAUCGUGGUCGAGGCGGUCAUCGAACCACAAUCGGUAAUCGGCAACCACGACGAUGCUAGCACGUGGACGUCGGAGUCGACCAGCGAGGCUGCUCGUCGGCCGUCGGCCGUCACUCUGGGACACGAGUGCGUCUCCGACGUGGAGUGUCGACUGGCCGAUCCGUACUCGAGGUGCGUCGAGGGUAUCUGCGACUGUGUGUCCCGAGGGAACGGAAGCAGCUGCUCGGCGAGAAACGCCGGAUGCCCGGCCGGCAGCUUCCGAUGCAAAAGCUCCGGCAAGUGCGUCAGCUGGUUCUUCGUGUGCGACGGAAGGCCAGACUGCAGCGACGGUUCGGACGAACGAUGCUGGAACGGGGCCGAGUGCCCGGAACAGGCGUUCAGGUGCAGCAACGUCAGCAACGCCGUCUGCGUGUCGAGAGCGGCGAUCUGCGACGGCAAGCAGGACUGUCCGCACGGCGAGGACGAGGCGGGAUGCAACGAUCGACGAAAGUGUCCGAGAGGAGCGUUCAGAUGCGACAACGGGCAAUGCUUGCCGGCGUACGAGUUCUGCAACGCGGUGGUGUCGUGUCGGGACGGAAGCGACGAGCCAAGAGGGGCGUGCCGCAGGCAGAUCGGCAGCCAUCGGGCCGUCAGACUGUCGUCGAAAUACUGUCCGUUUAGAUGCGACAACGGCAGAUGUCGAUCGGACGCGAUCGUGUGCAGCGGCCGCGACGGCUGCGGCGACGGCUCCGACGAGAAACGCUGUUCCGUUUGCAGAUGUUCGCCGUUUGCCUGAUCGGGACAAGAAGCAUAGAGAAGUCGGAGAAAUUAGCUAAUGGGACCGAACGAGUCGGCGACAAGACCACGACAACGACCACUCUUCUCUCUGUGUAUUUUAUAUACCGAUAGAUUCGAAUAAAUUUU